AUGGCAACGUUUUACAUGUUCUAUGCAAUAAUUUUACAAUGGUUAAUUUAUUCUACGAAAGAAGUGAUUCUUAUAGGAAUAAGCAAUGAACAAAGCCGACCAGCAUCUCUUCAAUGUUAUUCAGAUUAUAGUAUGAGAGCGUAUUAUAAUUCUAACGGAAAAGCUUUAGAUGAGAUGAAACAAUUCGAAAUUAACACUCGAAAAUUCAUUACUACUAAACGAGUCUUAAAAUCAUACGUCAUCCCCGUCGUUUUCCAUGUAUAUGGAACUAAUUUUGCUGGGAAAACAGUUAAUGACAAUACAAUCAUCAGAGCUCUUAAAAAAUUAAAUGAUGAUUUUCAUGGAUUGAAUCACGAUUUCAACACUGUUCAUUCUGCUUUCUUAGGAAAUCGGUCGACAUUUGAUGUAACUUUUAAACUUGCUCGAAAAGAUCCUAAUGGAAGUCCAACAACUGGAAUCAUUUAUUAUCCGGAAAAAAGUGGCUAUGGAUCCAAUGCUCGUAAUAGUGAAAUACAAGCAGAAGCAUGGAAUAAUUAUAAAUACUGUAAUGUAUAUAUUCAAUUAGAUCUGUUUGGCAAUAGUGAAUGGUAUCAUGCUGGUAUUGCAUGGUAUCCAGAUAGUGGAAUGUCGGAUGCUAAAUUAGCGCGCAUUGUGUAUAACGGUCAAUAUUUAUAUGGAAAUACGGACGAUGAAUUUUCAUCACUUUUAACUCAUGAAUUCGGUCAUUGGCUUAAUCUCAUUCAUACAUUUGAAGAUGGUUGUACAGCCUCAUCUGAAAACCAAUGUGAUCAAACAGGAGAUAAAGUUUGUGACACACCACAGACAGUGGGUAAUCAAGGUUGUGGGGAUGUUCAUAAUUGCGUUGGAAAUUACGUCAACAGUGAAAAUUAUAUGGACUAUAGUGGUGCAUAUGGAUGUUAUAAAAUGUUUACAUCGGGUCAAGUAGCUAGAAUGGAAGCUGCCAUGCAUCAUGCUGCGAGAAUCACAUUAUGGCAAAAUGAAAAUCUGAUAGCUACAGGUGUCGUAGGUGAUGACGAUGUACUACCACGAGCCGCUUAUAUUUGUCCUAAUGCUACAUGGAUAUCGAACGGAGCAAUUGUGGCUGGCGGUUCUUGGGGUACAGCAAAUAACAAAUUAGCUUAUCCAAGUGGCUUGGAUGUUGAUGAUGAACAAACCGUCUAUGUUACUGACCCAUUUAAUCAUCGUAUUAUGGCAUGGAAGUAUGGUGCAACUACUGGCGAAAUAAUUGCCGGCCAUGGUUACGGUGCAAAUGGUCUCUUAUCAACCCCAACAGAUGUGAUUAUUGAUAGAAAGACAGAUGAUCUCAUCAUUUGUGAUGCAGGAAACCGACGAGUGAUACGACAAUCUCGCCUUAAUAGUACAAAUGGACAAACAAUAAUUUCGAAUGUUCACUGUAUGUGCUUAGCUUUGGACGAUAAAGGAGCUCUCUAUGUUUCUGACGCAAAUCAAUCUAUUGUUCGACGAUGGUCUCCAGGACAGCCUCUAGGAACGGUAGUGGCAGGGGGCGGCGGGCAAGGCGAUCGUCUCGAUCAGUUCAAUUUUCCAAACUUCAUAUUCGUCGAUCGAAACUAUUCAGUGUACGUAGCCGAUGGUUAUAAUAAUCGUAUAAUGAAAUGGGAGAAAGGCGCGAAAGAAGGUAUUGUAGUGGCUGGUGGUCGAGGAUCGGAAGAUGAUCCAGCACAAUUGGCGAAUCCUCGAGGUAUCAUUGUUGAUCAAUUGGGCACUAUCUAUGUGGGUUCGUAUCACAAUUCUGGAAUAAAGCGUUGGAAGAAAGGAGCUACCCAUGGAGACGUUCUUAUUGGUGCCAAUGGUCAAGAUGUACAAUCGAUUCCACUGCAGGGUCCUCAUGGAAUUGCAUUCGAUCGUCAAGGAAAUCUCUAUGUUGCCGAUAUGUGGGGAUGUCAGGUGUUAAGAUAUGAUAUUGACAAGAGCUUGUGCUAG